AUGGACAUCAGCAAUCUGACCCCUUCGUCCCAGGAGGCCAAGUUCCUUCAUAUUCCGUAUGAGGAGCCCCGCGGUUCCAACGGCAAAGGCUUGACGAUAAGCCAAGUUGCCAAUUUCAUGAAGUGCCAUUAUCAGUUCCACGGCGCGUUAGAGUGGGAUGUUCGUAAACGAACCCUUACCAGCGAGAAGAAAGAGAUUGUUGCGGCCAUUGGCAAGCGAUCCAGUCAUGAAUUCAGCACAUCACACAAGCAGAUGAAGAGAUACCUCGGUGAUCAGAUUCGACACCAGUCGAUCGAUCCCAUUUUGCCAGGAGUGCUGUCAUCAUGGAGCCUUCCAUAUGCAGCAUACGCGAAGACCUUUGGUAAAACGCCCGACCAACCUUCCCCAUUCCGCCCGGUAGGCGCAACGCCAGACUACAUGGAUAUCCAGCCUUGCGAUGCAACCACACCGGGAGGACACACAUUUAGUCCGUCACCAACAACUCAGCUAGUGCAUAAGAAGGUUGCGUGGGACCGCUCCAGUCUGCUCUUUCAGGGGCGUCAUAAAGAACUGUUGGAAAGCUGUGGUAGGGAUGAUCGCACCACGCUCGUGAAUUACCUCCACGACUUUCAUGUUCACGCAUUCGUCACGGCAAAGUAUUGGGGCAUGGGACCACGUCAAUGGACUCCCAGAAUGAUAUCUGCCACUGCCGCUACAUCGGCAUCCAGCCAUCAUGACGAGGCUGAGAUACCCGAAGCUCCUCCGCUGCUUUGUCAGUGGCCGAUUUUGGGGAAUGAGCCAAGCAAUCGAGGGGUUUUGGAUAUUGACGAAGACAACGGCGAUGACUUCUUUGAUGUCAAUACUCCAAAAUCAUGGAAACUGUGGAAAAGGAGCUCGGAGUCGUCCAUGGUCGCCACGAUCAAGGAAAGCCUGAUUCAGAGCACCUUCUCACGGACAUCUCCACCCCAGGUGCCGAUCUUGACCGAGUUCAUCUCACGAUCAGUGGCACAGGAUCCCCACGCCAUUCAACUAGAGGCCUUCAAAAUGGCCAUCUUGUCGGGCAACCAGAGCCUUUUGGUCGAGCUCUGCCGGCAGAAUGACGGACAUUUGCCAGCAAGGAUCAACGAGAUCAACCCUCUUCACCUUGCCGCGACCUUUCUCCAUGGUGGUAAGUGUUUCGAAUUGAUGUUAGAGCUAUUGAUUCGGCUCCAGCCUCGUGACAUCUCUACUGGGACCCAAGACAACUUUCAGCAUACAGUACUGGACACUCUCCUGAUCACCAUUCUCCGAUCACACACCUCUGUUUGGCCCGAUGAGGUUAGUUUGGCCUUUAACCCGCCCAACCGAUUCCCAGGAGAGGAAAAGGACAUUUGCGGCAGAUGGGAUUGCGACUCGCCAGUUCUUCGUUCUCUCUUCAGGCGGGGAUAUGCCCGUGUGCAAGACGACUGGAAGCAUCCAUUCUGCCAUACAUCUGUGACAGCGGUAUGUCACAGCAUCAUUACCGUGACCACUGCGCCUGGGUUUACCGACAUCAACACUCUCAGCGGUCUGUUCGUCCGGCGGUGUGCUUGUUGCGGUUUGGAGCUCAAACUCAGCCCGCUUCAGGCAGUUGUUGUGCUGGCCUUCUACCUCGCGCAUCGCGGAAUGGGUGGAGAAACCCUUUUCGGCCCACUGGCAAUGGUCUCCUGUCUGCUUUCUUCGGGAGCAGACUCAUCGCUAGAAACGGUUGUGUCCAUCCGCGACAUUUUGGGGACCACCAAGCCUGGGCGAUGCUACCAUGAGUUACUUGAUGCCUAUGGAUUGAUGGUACAGGUUCCUCAGUCUUUGGUGGCGAAGUGGCCACCCGAAUGUAGGACUGGGUGGCUAUGCAUCAGGCGUAUUCUUCAGAUACGGUAUAUGAAUACCAGCAGGCUCUCAUCACAACGGACAUCGCCACCUGACAUUGACGAAGAGCCACGCUCGGCUUCAGGGCAUCACUCUGGCCCCGGAUUGGGAGAUGAUAUGAUGCAGUCCGGACUGUGUAGUAGCGCUAUUGUGUCGCCCCAGGAACUGAUCUGGGGAGCCAUUCAGCUGGAGCUACUAACAUAUCGCCGAGCAAACAAGGAGACCCUUGGCUAUCUCGGAAAUUCUCGAUGGGAGCACUCAAGUCUUGGUUGGAUACUGGAUCGUCAAACCUUUUUGUGA